UCUUUUCUAUAUCCGUUGACUGUUUGGCGUUCCAGUUUCUCCCAUUCAUUUUAAUAAAAGUUUUGAAUUUAAAACCGUUAUUGGUGUACUGCGCAUGUGCCUCUUUGAUCCGUAACGGCCGAUGUUCAGUGGACGGACGCUGAGCAAAAGGUGAGGAAAGAGGUGGUAUAUAAAGAGGAACGACUCCAGUGAAUCUACUGAAGCCUACUGACAAAUUAUUGGAAAAAAUGAAGACUAUUAAAGAUGAGAGUGAAGACUUGAGUUAUCCAGAGCCAUGGAUAGUGAAACAUGAAGAUAAUGAGGAACAAAGAGACUUGAUGGAAGUGAAGGAUGAAAUUCAAGAACUGAAUAAUGUGGAGGAGAAACAACAGUAUGAUACAUCUAAAAAUUUCAUAACUGGUGAAAUAUCUUCUAAUUUCUCACAGACUGAAAAUAAUUUCUCACAAAAAAGAUAUCAGAUUACAACAGCCAAAAGUUCUUUCACCUGCUUUCACUGUGGAAAGAGUUUUGCACAAAAAGGAGACUUUAAGUGUCACAUGAGAAUUCACUCUGGAGAGAAGCCUUUCACCUGCCUUCAGUGUGGAAAGAGUUUUGGACGAAAAGGAAUCCUUAACACUCACUUAAAAAUUCACUCUGGAGAGAAGCCUUUCACCUGCCUUCAAUGUGGAAAGAGUUUUUCACGAAAAGGAAUCCUUGACACGCACCUAAAAAUCCACUCUGGAGAGAAGCCUUUCACUUGCCCUCAAUGUGGAAAGAGUUUUGCUAGAAAAGGUGUCCUUGACACACACUUAAAUAUUCACUCUGCAGAGAAGUCUUUCACUUGCCCUCAAUGUGGAAAGAGUUUUGCACAAAAAGGAACCCUUAAGACUCACAUUACAAUUCACACUAGAGAGAAACCUUUCACAUGCCUUCAGUGUAGAAAGUGUUUCACAAAGAAAGGACAGCUUGAGGUUCACAUGAAAAUACACUCUGUAGAGAACAGGAACACUUGCCAUCACUGUGGAAAGAGUUUUACACUGAAAGGAAGUCUUAAGCAGCACCUGAGAAUUCACACUGGAGAGAAGCCAUUCACAUGCACUCGGUGUGGAAAGAGUUUCACAUACAAAGUACAACUCAAGAGGCACCUAUGUCUUGACUCUGGUUACAGUGCUGGUGAUAGCCCUUCCACGUGCCUGAAGUGUGGAAAGAGUUUCUCAAAGAAAAAAUACCUUAAGCGUCACAUGAGAAUUCACACUAGAGAGAAGCCCUUCAAAUGUCUACAAUGUGAAAAGAGUUUCUCAAAAGAAGUAAGACUUAAGUGUCACAUGCGAAUUCACACUGGAGAGAAGCCAUUCACAUGUGUUCAUUGUGGAAAGAGUUUCUCAAAGACAAAAGACCUUAAGCUUCACAUGAGAAUUCACACUGGAGAGAAACCCUUCACAUGUCUACAGUGUGGAAAGACAUUCACACAAGAAAUAAACCUUAAGCGUCACUUAAGAAUUCACACUGGAGAGAAGCCUUACAUGUGCUCUUUUUGUGGAAAGAGUUUUGUUGAAUCAGGAAACCUGAAAGUACAUGAGAGAGGGCAUACUGGAGAGAAGCCAUACCAUUGCACUUCAUGUGGGAAAAGUUAUAGCAAAUCACGAAGUCUACAGGCUCAUUUUAAAAAACAUUGUCCAAAGUUGUCCUAGUGAGCAAAGUUCUUCUUCAGGGUCAAUACUAGGGAUGUGCGGAACUAUUCAUUUUCACUGACAUUUAAAUGAAAACUUUGGAGUCAACUAGUCUAAAAAGAAACCAACUUUCAGAAAAACGAAUGCGACCCAUUUAAAAUAAUUAAUUUAAAUUCAGCUGAAGAGGGGCAUUUAUCUGUGACGUGCUCGCCUUGCAUGAUCAUUGUACAUUAAAUAUAGAACAUGACACGCAUUAUGAAUAAAUGUUAGCGAAAACAUUUAUUGAAAACAAUUCAAUGAAUAGUGCAGGACCAUUAGAGCAACCAUAAUAGCCUGUUCUACAAGGAAAUCACCAAGAAAAGUUACUUAACAAAUUAAAACAGUAAGGACAUUGUUGAAAGUAAUUAACAGGUAAGCCAAAUCUACGAGAGAGAAAAAAAUGCGCUGAAAAAUUGUGUGUAUUUCCCGAUGUGCUUUAGCUAUCUAAUAUGACAGCUAGCUGUUCAGAAAAGAACAUUAACCAAUAACAUUAACAUGUAAAAAAAAAAAAAGAAUAGCUAUAGGAUAGAAAGAAAUAGGCCUGUGAUUUAGCCUACAGUAAACUUAAUGUAUUGUAAGCAUGACGUGCACACAGAAUAAAAGAUAAUUUAACCCGUUAAGCAGUCGGCACCUCAUUGAAAAAUAGCCUUCUUAAUCAGCAGAUUACAAAAUGGCAUACCAAGCCUAAAACAGUUAUUUUCUAGGCUACUUACUCAAAAGCAUAAAUGUUUUGAUGAGCGAAAGUAACACAUUAUCAUGGUCCGGAGAAAGACAGGACUUGACUCACCUGAGACAAUUAUCCUGCAUUUGAAAAAGCCUGCACAGAUUUAAAGAAGACUCAAAUGUGAAAACAUCCAUAGCGACUUUCAAGCCAAUGUUUUGAAAAUCUGCUUCUCGCACCACCACCGAAAUGAUUUCAUAGCUACUUUGCUUCAUUUGCUUGUCUAGCGAGUGUUCCUGCACGCGCCGCAAGUGAAAGAGGGAUGAAGCACCCGCAGCCUGAGGUGAAAUGAAACUUUGUAUAUAUCUGCUCCAGAUAUCCUCUUUUUUAAUAAUUGUAUUAUUAAUUAUAUUUAAAAUGUGUAACAUUAAUAUGACUGUAAUUUAAAUGCAGCCUCUGUAAAAACAUAAAGCCAAAUGGAAACGUGUAAAAAUGUUGAACAGUUUAAUGGGGGAAAAUAUUAACUGACUAGUAACUCCAUUGUCAGCUAGCAGCAUCAGAACCGUUUAGUCAACUAGUCUCACACAUCCCUAUUCAAUACAUAUCGACCCUUUUGCACGUACGAUCAAACAUGUGCGAGUACACUUGGCUGGGCUUAGAGGCGUACGGUCAAACUGGUGCAAUCUACAUUCAUGCUGCUGUUUAACAGCAAAGAGGGACUGAAGCGGUUAUCAUAAUCAGCUGCUAAAAUAGUUUUCAAUAUCACAAUAUCUUUAUAUUUUAUGUUACAAACAUUAAAACAAUCACUAAAUAAAAGUUCAAAGCCUUUACCAUAGGAGCUGACUGUUUUGAUGCAGCGAUACGGCCAUGUAUUCUGACCUCAAACAAAAUAUAUAAAGUAGUUACUCCACUCAAGCCUUCUCCCAUUCCGUACAUCACUCAUUCUCACCACUUCCGGUGCAAAAAAAAGUGGAAGGGCUAGGUUUUUAGAACCUUCUUUUCUCCUAUGAUGAACUCAGAAUCCCAUGCUGCAUUGCAAUGUAAACAAUAUGGUGACGCACAUAGCCGGCAAUCACAUUCGUGAUUGUAUCUUAUCAUAAUCAAUCAUUAUAAACAACUAAAAAUCCCAUUAUAUGUUUGAUAAUAUAUAAAUUGUCCUCCAGUGCAUCUGCUGUGAAGUGUAAGGUGAGGUUUUUUAAAUUACAUUGCCCAUUAAAGAAUUUAAGCUGGGGGGGUCUGUCAUUUCAGGAAAAACUGGCAUGCGAAGAGGUUAAACACUAUUUAAAUGCAACAAAAUUUAAGUCAGAUCACUAGAUGUGAUGGCUGUUGUUAGAAAGUCAUGAAAUUAGUAAAACAACAUAAUGCCCUUUCCCACUGCCUGUUUUAGGUACUUUCCCCUGGACUGGACUUUUCGUCAUAUUCACACCUGAAGAACUGUAGUUCCUCUAAGCCUUUUUUUUAAAUGUUUUAUCCUUAGAACAAUAUAUACACACAAGAUUAUUCAUUACAAUACAAUACUGUCCUUUAAAAAAACAAAACACCUGAUGCACCACAAAACACAACACUUAUCAUUGCUAUAUUGUGCAAGUCACCAAAAUACAGUAAUUACUUUAGUUACAUAGAAUUACCAUUAAUUUAUAGUGAGGGAUGGUAAAAUGUUAAGAAAAGAGCCUCAGAUUUUUUUCAAAAGUAUUAGGGGUUUUCCUAACACUCAAGAUAAUUUUCUCAGGGGUAAAAUAUGAGGUGAUUUUGUUGAUCCAAUGUUUUUUUGAUGGUGCAUGAGUAGUUUUACUAUUCACUAAUAUACAUUUUUGCCAGCAGUUCCAGCAAGCAGGAUGAAAUACUUUGUUUUUAAGUAUUCGUUAGGUUGGUGUCAACCAGUAUCCAGAUUCUGGGGUUAUUAUUUGACAUUUAGUGAGAUUUCUUUUAUUUAUUUUUUUAUUAUAUAGUUCCAAAAAUCAUUCAGUGUAGGGCAAGUCCAUAACAUAUUAAGUAAAUCUCAAUCAGUCAUGUUGCACCUUUUGACAUUUAAAAGAAAUAUCAGUGUUUAACAUGUGCAGCUUUUGUGGGGUAUAAUAAGUUCUAUGCAAAAUAUUAAACAUAAUUUGCCUAUGUUUAGUGGAUAUUAGAACAGUUUGCAUGCUCUCCAUUAGAUUAGUCCAUUCAACAAGAUCAUAUGUAUAAGCAAGAUCUCUUUCCCAUUUCUGUUUUAAAAUUGCAGAUUUUCAAUUAUUUAAAAAUGUUUCCAAUUAUGUUAUAGAUCACAGAGAUAAUUCCUCUAGUGGAUGAGAUAACCUUACUGAACAUAAUCUCUUCAAGUGGAGAAUGUGCUGGAAUGUUUGGAAAUGUCUGAGGAGUGUUCUCUUUCACCCAAUGGCGAAUUUGCAAAUAUUUAAAGAAAUUAUGCCUUGGAAUUGAGAAAGUUUGAGGUAAUUGAUCAAAACUCAUUAAAAAAAUCACUCAUAUACAAUCCCCCAGUGUCUUUAUACCUUUAGCUGACCAUGAUUUUAGAAUACCAUCAGUGAUACCCGUAGGGAUGAAGGGGUUCUUCCACAGGGGAGUGUACGUGAGCAUAGUAACACUGAGGCCAAGCAUUGGUGAGAUUCUGCCCAGGCCAAAAAUGUGUUCAGUAUUAUAAAAUUUAUAGUGAAUUUUGACCAAAGUUUUUUUGACCCCAGACAAGGGAUGACCCUUAGUGGGAUGGAUUUCAUCUCAUAUUGCUUGUUUGACACCCAUCUAGUAUCAACAAUGUCAGGGUGCUUCCAAAUCCAUAUUGUGCAAAACUGUGAUGCUAAGUGGUAAUGUCUAAAAUUAGGGAGAUUUCAGCCUUUAGAGUAUGGGGUUUGGAGUUUUAUCAUUUUCACCCUGGGGUUCUUUGCUUUCCAAAGUUAAGCAGUAAAUUGCUUAAAUAAUUUCUUUAAAAUAAGACUGAGAUUUUCAAUGGAAAACUGAAAUAAGUAAAUUAAUUUCGGCAAAAUGCUAAUUUAAGUCUUCCAAUUAAUGAUAGCGGUAAUUCUCUACAUUUUUGCAUAUCUCCUUUUAAUUAAGCAGUGUAGAAUAAAUAUUUUGAAACUAGGGCUGGAAAAUUUAACAUAAAACUGGAAUACAGUUGAAGUCAGUUUACAUACAUCUUAGCCAAAUACAUUUAAACUCAGUUUUUCACAAUUCCUGACAUUUAAUCGUAGAAAACAUUCCCUGUCUUAGGUCACUUAGGAUCACUACGUUAUUUUAAGAAUGUGAAAUGUCAGAAUAAUAGUAAUGAUUUAUUUCAGCUUUUAUUUCUUUCAUCACAUUCACAGUGGGUCAGAAGUUUACAUACACUUUGUUAGUAUUUGGAAGCAUUACUUGUAAAUUGUUAAACUUGGGUCAAACAUUUUGGGUAGCCUUCCACAAGCUUCUCACAAUAAGUUGCUGGAAUUUUGGCUCAUUCCUCCAGACAGAACUGGUUUGUAGGCCUCUUUGCUCGCACACACUUUUUCAGUUCUGCCCACAAAUUUUCUAUCGGAUGGAGGUCAGGGCUUUGUGAUGGCACUGCAGUACCUUGACUUUUUUGUCCUUAAGCAAUUUUUCCACAACUUUGGUAGUAUGCUUGGGGUCAUUGUCCAUUUGGAAGACCCAUUUGCGACCACGCUUUAACUUCCUGGCUGAAGUCUUGAGAUUUUGCUUCAAUAUAUCCACAUAAUUUUCCUUUCUUAUAAUGCCAUCUAUUUUGUGAAGUGCACCAGUCCUUCCUGCAGCAAAGCACACCCACAACAUGUUAUGCACAUGGCGACAAAAAUCUUAAUUUUGGGAGAAAUGUCCUCUGGUCAGAUGAAACAAAAAUUGUUCUGUUUGGCCAUUAUGUCCAUUGUUAUGUUUGGAGGAAAAAGGGUGAGGCUUGCAAGCCAAAGAACACCAUCCCAACUGUGAAAAUGGGGGUGGCAGCAUCAUGUUGUGGGAGUGCUUUGCUUUGAUAAAUGGAGAAGGAAGGUGAAGCAGCUUCACAAGAGACUGAGAGAAUUGAAGAAACAGGUUUUUCAGGUACUGACAAAUUUUCAGCGGCUGCUCAAGCAAAAUUUUGGGCUGCCGAAGCAAACUUAAUGACAUUCUUCUCGCAUUCUAAAUAUGCUGUGUUUUACGUGACUUUCUCUGAAGCAUAAAAGUGUGUGUGAGUCCAGCAAGCUUCAAGAUUGUGCUCCACAGACAACGCAGAGGGUGUGAUCACUGGCACUACUCAAUCCGGUUUCUCUAUAUAUCGGUACAAAAUUCAAAACUUGCUUGACUUUGUGGUCUUUAUAAUUUUAUUUUUGACACAAUCUAUUUUUUCUAAUAUGUCAAAAUAUCAAAUGAUAUUGAGUGGACUGUCUCUCUCCACGUGGAAUGUGAAUGGGUUGGGGCACCCCAUAAAAAAAAGGAAUGUUAUUUCUCUUCAUAAACGUAAGAAAUAUGAUGCAUUGUUUCUUCAAGAAAUGCAUCUUUCCCUGCAGGAAGCUGAAAAAAUUGGGAAGAUAUGGGGUGGACUUGUUUUCUUAAGUGCUGGCUCAAGUAAGAGCAGGGGGGUCAUUAUACUGAUAAGUAGGCAUCUACAAUUCAAAUGUCUUAGACAGACUAAAGAUAAAUUAGGAAGAGUCAUUAUUGUUUUAGCUGAAAUUCAGGGGCAAAGGUUGAUUUUGGCUAAUAUUUACGCACCUAACGCUGAUGAUCAGGGCUUUUUUAUAGAUCUUUAAGUGAUGCUGCAAGCCGCUGGCACCCCUCAUGAUAUAAUAUUGGGAGGAGACUUUAAUCUAUUGAUGGACUCAGUCUUGAUCAUAGUGAAGCAAAAUGUGUAAGCCCCCUAGAGCAACAUUGAUGCUUCACAGGAUGUGUAAAAAUCUUGGUCUUACAGAUAUUUGGAGACUUUUGAACCCAUCUGGUAGGGAUUAUACAUUUUUUUCAUCAGUCCAUAAGAUUUAUUCUAGAAUAGAUCUUUUUUUAUAUAUAUAUCAAAGUCCCUCAUUUCAUCUGUUGUUGAUUGCUCAAUUGGAAACAUCUUAGUCUCAGAUCACGGCCUGGUGAGUUUACAGAUGUUGCCACAUAUGGAGAAAAAUAAAUCAUAUAGUUGGCACUUUAAUGUAUCCCUUUUGCAAAAUCCUGAAUUCCAACAAAUGUUAAACGCUGAAAUCAAUCUUUAAAUGGAGACCAACUGGUCCUCGGUGUCCUCUGUGGACGUGGCUUGGGAGGCACUUAAGGCAGUUCUUAGGGUUGGAUCAUACAUUAUGCCUCAUUCACCAAAAAAUCCAAAGCACGAGAACUCGUGGAGUUGAAAGGGAAUAUCAAAAGUGCCGAGGGAGAGCUGAUGCACCGAAUGUCGUCUGAUGGCCUCAGAGAAUUGACCUGAUUGAAAUACAGAUAUAAUACUAUUUUGUCACAGAAGGUGGUGUUUUGGCUAUUCAGGGCAAGACAGUCAUACUUUGAGUUGUGGGUACAAAGCAGGGAAGCUUUUGGUUAGAUAUUUAAAGCAGAGAGAGUCUCUUUCUUCCAUUCCCUCAGUGAAAUCUGCUGGUUGUGAAAUAUUUACCUCAGUCAUUGAUAUUAAUAAUGCUUUUAAACAGUUCUAUCUUGAUCUUUAUAGUUCCACGUCUUUGUCUACUGUUGAAGAUAUUAGAAACUUUGUGGAACCAUUAGAACUCCCUAAACUGAUGACUGGGCAAAAAAAUUCUCUUGAUUCUGAGAUAACCCCGGAGGAGCUUGGCGAGGUAAUUAAGGCCUUGCCUGCAGGUAAGUCUCCGAGGCCAGAUGGCCUUGCCACUGAAUGUUUUAGAUCUUAUAAUACAGAACUGGCUCCACAUUUGUUAGAAGUUUAUAUGGAAUCGUUAAAAAAUGGAAAGCUUCCAUCAACCAUGACACAAGCCCAGACAGUCUGAUUCUUAAAAAGGACAAAGAUCCAAGCGAGUGUAAGAGUUACCGUCCAAUUUCCCUGAUCCAGCUAGACAUUAAAAUAUUGUCAAAAAUUCUCGCUAACCGAUUAAGUGAAGUUAUGACAUCCCUUAUACAUAUAGAUCAGGUGGGGUUUAUUCGGGGCCACUGCUCUUCUGAGAACAUUAGGUGUUUCAUCAAUAUCAUGUGGUCAGUGGCGAAUGAUCAGACUCCGGUUGCUGCCAUCUCACUUGACGCCGAAAAGGCGUUUGAUAUGGUAGAAUGGGAUUAUCUUUUUAAGACUUUGGAAAUAUACGAGUUCAGGAAUACUUUUAUUGGAUGGAAUAAGUUACUUUAUAGACUCCCGGUAGCGGCGGUUCAAACAAAUGGAUUAAUUUCCGAUUAUUUUACUCUGAACAGGGGCACCUGGCAGGGUUGCCCUCUUUCCCCAUUAUUGUUCUGUCUUGCCCUGGAACUAUUAGCAGCCGCGAUAAGAAGGGAAGAUGAUUUUCCAGGGGUGGUGGUGGGAGGUAUGGCGCUUAAGCUUUUGCUUUAUGCUGAUGAUAUUUUAUUAUUUGUCUCUGACCCCAUUAGAUCUAUGCCUUGCCUCCACAGAAUUAUUCAUUCCUUUUCUAAGUUCUCAGGAUAUGGAGUCAAUUGGUCUAAAUCCGAAGCUUUGGCUCUGACAGCGUGCUGCCCAGUAACGGCUUUUCAGCCAGGCAACUUCCACUGGCCUACUCAGGGCAUUAAGUAUAUGGGCAUUUUAUUCCCAGCAGAAUUGUGUGAUUUAGUUAGUUAAUUUUGAACCCUUAAUAAAAAGGAUUUCGAGUGAUGUGGGCUUCAUUACAUUUAUCUAUGAUUGGAAAGGUUAAUGUUAUUAAAAUGAAUUGUAUUCCAAAAUAUAACUACCUGCUACAAUCUCUCCCUGUAGAUGUCCCCCUCUCUUAUUUCAAGCAAGUUGAUAGCAUAGCGAAGUCCUUCAUUUGGAAUUUGGCAUCCUGUAUUACAUUUCAAUAAGUUACAUAGGCUGAUUGACAAAGGUGGGCUAGGCCUACCCAAAAUUUUGUUUAAUUAUUAUGCAUUCGGUCUCAGACAUUUGGUCACUUCCACCUGAGAGAGUCCCUCCCUGGUUUUGUAUUGAACAGGAAGUUCUUGCCCCUAUUUCACCAUUGUAAAUCCUAAAAAGUUGUAAGAAGAUAAGUUAUACCCCGUUAUCUCGCAUUUGCACUCUGUGUGGACAAAAGUGACCAGAGUGUUUAAUUCAGACAUUUAUUUAAAUGUUGCCUUGUGCAUAUGGCUAAACCCCAGAUUAUUUAUUAAUAAGUCCCCUUUCUGCUGGUCAGAGUGGAUUGUGAGGGGGGGUUACUACACUCGGUGACCUAUAUGAUAGUGGAGUAUUGAGAUCCUUUUAAAAUUUGGGUCAACAUUUUGGGAUUCCCAGAUCUCAGUUCUAUAGGUAUUUACAGCUGUGCCACCUGCUUUGUAUUGUUUUUGGGAGUAGCAUACACCACCCUAAAGCGGCAGAUACUCUGGGAGAGGUGAUUACUGCUUUUGGAAAAGGUCAUGAGGCAUCAGUGUAUUACUCCCUGCUAUUUCAGAGUCUGGGGGAUGGAGCUUUAACUUCUCUCAAGAGAUUAUGGGAGAAAGAUUUAAACUUGGUAUUGGAGGAUGGAGUGUGGGCUAGGAUUCUAAAAAACGGCAAGUCUAUAUCUAGAGAUGCAAGGGUGCACCUUAUGCAAUUCAAGAUUUUACAUAGAUUGUAUUGGACCCCCUCUAGAUUGUAUAGGCUUGGUCUUAAAGACACACCCACCUGCUGGCAGUGCCAAUCAAGAAGAUGGAGAUACAACCCAUGUUUUUUGGUGGUGUGUUAAGAUCCAAGAAAGGUUCAGAGUUUUAUAUGUGACGUAUUGGGUACUCAAAUUUUAUUUUGCCCCAGACUCUGUAUUUUGGGAUGAUGAGGCGGUCAUCAAUAUGGGGGAUAAACGCAUAAAAAAUUGGGUUCUGACCUGUGUUAUGAUUGGCAGGCAGAUUAUUUUAAGAGGAUGGAAGUCGGCUGGAGCACCCUCAUUUCCAGAGUGGUGUGAGGAGAUGGGGAGGGUGGCAGCUUUCGAGGAGGUGUCAUAUAGAAGGCUGGGGUUUUGGGAUUUGUUUGACAGGAAAUAGGUCAGUUAUUUAGCGUUUUUGGGGGACUCUCAGGGUGGGGCUGUGGAGAGAGUUGUAUAGUUUUAAUUAUGUAUGAUUAUUACAUUUUCUUUUUGUGUGUGUGUGUGUUUUUAUAUGUGACCAGAGGGAUAAAUGUUGAUUCAAUGUAUAUAUGUUGUGUUUUUUCUUUGUUAUAUAUCUAUGAAUCAAUAAAAAAAUGUUACUUGGAGGAAAAAAAAAAAAAACAGUGAGAGAGCCUGAAAUUCUAACAAACUCUGAUGAGGAGUAGAGCUAAAACAAGUUGUCAUGCGCCAACAAUUAUGUUUCAUCUGUCAUGCGGGAUUUUUAAACUAUACCUCAUCACACUUAAUAAAAUUCAGUUCAAAUGAUGUUAGAUAUUAGAAAACAAAUUGGCUUUGCUUUCAAAUACUGUCUACAGACAUGGCUUAAAAGAGCUUAAUGAAAUGUUUUUUAUCAAGGAUAGGAAGGAUAUUUUUUUACUCAUGAAUUAUUUCCUUUGUUGCAUUUCUUUCAGAAGAUGUCAGGUUUCUUAAGGAAAGUUUUAUAAUAAUAACACUAGUCAACAUCAGACUGAAAUGUGAAAUUUAAAUCUGUUUAUCAAGUUCCAAAUAAAGAGAAAAUUAUAAAUGAAACUACUUCCUCUUUUAUCAAGUAUUUAAUUAAAUGACUGGGUUUUAAAAAAAAUAGGUAUUACAAUAUGGUUAUUUAAUAUUAAUAUAUUGUGAAAAAUGUACAGUUGUGCCCAAAAGUUUGCAUACCCUGGCAGAAAUUGUGAAAUGUUGGCAUUGAUUUUGAAAAUAUGACUGAUCAUGCAAAAAUUUUAUUUAAGGAUAGUGAUCAUAUGAAGCCAUUUAUUAUCACAUAGUUGUCUGGCUCCUUUUUAAAUCAUAAUGAUAACAGAAAUCACCCAAAUGGCCCUGAUCUAAAGUUUACAUACCCUUGAAUGUUUGGCCUUGUUAGACACACAAGGUGACACACACAGGUUUAAAUGGAAGUUAAAGGUUAAUUUCCCACACCUGUGGCUUUUUAAAUUGCAAUUAGUGUCUGUGUAUAAAUAGUCAAUGAGUUUGUUAGCUCUCACAUGGAUGCACUGAGCUGGCUAGAUACUGAGCCAUGGGGAGCAGAAAAGAACUGUCAAAAGACCUGCGUAACAAGGUAAUGGAACUUUAUAAAGAUGGAAAAGUAAAUAAAAAGAUAUCCAAAGCCUUGAAAAUGCCAGUCAGUAUUGUUCAAUCACUUAUUAAGAAGUGGAAAAUUCGGGGAUCUCUUGAUACCAAGCCAAGGUCAGGUAGACCAAGAAAGAUUUCAUCCACAACUGCCAGAAGAAUUGUUCAGGAGAAAUACAGGCUGCUCUGGAAAAAGACGGUGUGGUUGUUUCAAGGAGCACAAUACGAGGAUACUUGAACAAAAAUGAGCUGCAUGGUCGAGUUGCAAGAAAGAAGCCUUUACUGCGCCAAUGCCACAAAAAAGCCCGGUUACAAUAUGCCCGACAACACCUUGACAUGCCUCACAGCUUCUGGCACACUGUAAUUUGGAGUGAUGAGACCAAAAUAGAGCUUUAUGGUCACAACCAUAAGUGCUAUGUUUGGAGAGGGGUCAACAAGGCCUAUAGUGAAAAGAAUACCAUCCCCACUGUGAAGCAUGGUGGUGGCUCACUGAUGUUUUGAGGGUGUGUGAGCUCUAAAGGCACAGGGAAUCUUGUGAAAAUUGAUGGCAAGAUGAAUGCAGCAUUUUAUCAGAAAAUACUGGCAGACAAUUUGCAUUCUUCUACACUAAAGCUGUGCAUGGGUUGCUCUUGGACUUUCCAACACGACAAUGACCCUAAACACAAGGCCAAGUUGACCCUCCAGUGAUUAAGUGCAUCCUUCCGUCACCUCCCCAUCAUAACCACCAAAACAAAAUACAUGACUCUCUCUAAAACUAUGCCUGCAUUAAACAGCCUAUACAUUUUUCAGGAAAUCUGAACGGUAAAAUUAUUUGAUUUGUACAAAACGAUUAGUGAAGCAACAAAAAUGGAAAAGGUAUUGUACAAAAAUAUCUAAACAUUGUUUUGGACAACAAAUAUUCUCAUAGAUAAAUUGUAUGCAUUUAUGCCAUUUAAAACAUUACAACCUGGUCUAAUAAAUAUGUGAAAACAUACCCCAAAUUGACUUCAUGAAAAGUACAUUUACCUCUGUACAAGUACCUCUGAGAGUACAUUUACACCUGUCUUUAUAAAAUAACUGACCCUUUAAUGUAUGCUAGUGUGAUUUGAUUAUGCUUGCUUGUUUAUCCAAGAGCUAUAACAAAAAUGUGAUAUAUAGUUUGUAUGGUAGAAUUAACAAAAAAUGUUUUAAUUUGAGAGAAUUUUAAAUAGUUCUUUGAAAGCAACAUUCAAAACCUUUGCUGGAGAAAACACACUGUUGUGCAGUUGGACUUUUGACUGUUACUGAAAUAAACUGUACUAAUAGUAGCCCUUGUGAUAACUUCCCCAUGGUACAACUAGCUCUCCUCUGUCUCCCCUACAUAUAGAUAUCAGUGUGCAAGUUUCCUUUCUUUAUGUUGUGAAUAAAUACAAGUAAAUGUGUUUUGUGUUUAAUAUAAUCGCAUAAGCUGAUGUAGCCAAAUUGAAUUCUGCAAAUGAUUAUGAUGAAAUAUGAAAAGACACCAUCUGUGUCCCAUAUUUGAUCUUUUUCUGUCAUUAGUACUGUUUGCUGUUGGUAAACCCUGCUUUGGAAGAUAACAUGGUAAAAAACAUCUUGAUGACAGCAUGUGAAGUACCAGGUUGGACGUGGUAAUUAGGUUCCUUGAGCGUCACAAGGCGAUUUGCGGACACGAUAAUAAUGUAAUUACAACGUAUCUGCAGCAUUGUGAAAAUACAUACUUGUAACAUGAAAACAAAAAUAUAAAUACAUCUGUCGUACAAAACCUGCUUGAUAAAAAUGUUAACACAACUUUUAUUGUGAUAACGUUUUUACAACUUUAGGCUCUAUUUUCAUGAGCAUUAGGCGCAGUGCAACAUACAAAGUCUGUGCGCAACGUCUUAAUUUUCAUGAGAGCACUAAUUCUUUAUUAUUUAUUUAUUUUUUAAAUGACAUUUUUAAAGCAAAAUCGACCAGUAGAAGUGAUGUGCAUAAAAAAAUCCUAACUUGGAAGGGCAAUAUAAUCACGGUUAAUACUAGCCAUGAUUUGUGUGUCACUUGAUCAAUUUGAUUAAUAAUACUUACAUUCUUUAUAAUUUAAUGAAGCAUACAUAUAAAUCCUGAUGAGAAUCACAUUUUUCAUAUGUAAAAAAGGAGCGUGUCACUGUCAUGUAAAUAAUUUUUCCUUUCUGCAUUUCCCUGUCGUGAGCACAGCAGAAUUACACUGUUUUCCCUGUGAAUCUCUCACCAAAUCUCACAGUUACAACUGAGUUCACUGGAGGAUGCUGUAGAUACGUGUUGUUGGCGUCUGUGCUUCUAAAGCAAAGUCAAGUUAUAUUACAAGGCAACACUUGUCAUAUUUUGAUUCUUAAUGAAUUAUACUCUAUUUGUAUUCCAUUCUUGUUGGAGUCAUGAAAAACAACAGACGAGGUUCUGCUUAUAUGGUGGAAAAAAUGCAAAGUGAACUCGGAAGCUUAUCAGACGUGUAUGUGUGCGUGAAAUCUUUUAACAUAGGCAGAGCGCAUUUUAUAAAAAGCAAACAUUCACCACUUGUUUUUCUGAAUAACAACAUGUGAAAUGAUAAAAAUGUGAUAGUCUUUAUGUAGACUCAGAGAUUAUAUCUGUGCAUUAUCCUCAUGCCGUCAGUAUUGGUUUCUAUGUAUGCUACGGGUGAGUGCAAAUGUGUUG